AUGGACAAUGAUGAAGAAUGUCUUCCAAGUGGUGUUGGUGGUGGACCAUCAUCAACAAAUGUUUCUCGUGUUAUUAAGGAACUAGAGAUACACAAGGAGAUAUCGAUUCAAAAGGAUAUUCUUUGUGACGUCAGGAUAUUCUGUGCGUCAAUUAAUCUCAGAGCUUUUGAAAGUUCAACCUUGGCUUUGUUUUCGGUUAUUAUUGCAAUCAACGACAACAAGCUUGUUCGAUCUUCGGGUAUUCACUUGACUCAACGAAGACUCGAUUCUUUUAAAUCUAACGCUGCGCCAGUUUUGGUAUCAGAGCCUGGCUCGUUCGACCUAAAUUUUUUUUUCUUUCCGUUUCCAGAACUAAGUAUGCCUCCGCGUCGCAACAACAACGCAGCAGACUUUCCCCUCAACGACUGGGAGGAACUUCGUCGCACGCUGUUAGCUAUGCAUGAGAACAUGCAGAAUGCAAUUCAAUUUGCAGUCCGAGAGAUCGCGGAGAACGCGUUUCUCAACCAGGGUCACCGAGAUCAUGACGAUCGAGAUUGGAACCGAGAUCAUGUCCGUGUUUUUGAAGAGGAUGGAGCAACCGACGUGGAAGAUAACCCUUUCGCCGAUGAGGUCCGUCGUCAUGGAAACAGGGGAGGAUUUCAGGAACGGGAGGAUCGUCGUUGGGAAAAUGGAUUCAAACUGGAAAUUCCAGAAUUUCACGGAGGGACGCGUGGAGAGGAGCUGCUGGAUUGGUUAGUCGCCGUUCAGGAGAUCUUGGACUUCAAGAGGGUUCCAGAGGAUCGUAAAGUACCUUUGGUGGCAACCAAAUUUCGGGGCAAAGCUGCUUCGUGGUGGUUACAAACCAAGACGGCUCGAGCUCGAGCGGGGAAGGAGAGCGUUCGUACUUGGGCGAAGCUUGAAAAGUUAUUACGCAAGUCCUUUUUGCCGUAUAACUUUGAUCGCACCAUGUUCACCAGAUUGCAGAAUCUGCGUCAAGGAUCGAGAACUGUGGAUGACUAUGCAGAGGAGUUUACACUACUCCUGACUCGAAAUGAAGUACUUGACAGCGACGUUCAAUUGGUGUCGAGGUUUAUUGGCGGGUUGCGACCUCAAAUUCAGAGUGCGAUGUCUCAGUUUGAUCCUUUAACGAUAGCUGAAGCACAUCGAAGGGUGGUUGCCUUCGAGCAGCAAUUCAAGUCUUCUACACAAGGCUGGAACUCGUCUAAGCAAGUAACCAAGGGCAGCAAGCGAAAGAGACUGGGGAGAACACAACAAACCGCCAAGCUGCUGCAACUCGACAAAAUGCAGGAGCUGAAGAGUUGCGUCGUUCUUCCAGACCAGCCACAAUUAGAUGAUGAAGUUAAGUGGGACGAGGACGGAGAGGAAGGUCUUGAGGAUGAUUUACCUGAGCUGGAAGAGGAGAGCAAUGCAGGUGAUCAUGGCACCUUACUCAUGCUGCGCCGAGUUUGCCUUGCACCUAUGAGGCAAGAUGACCAGCCUUGGUUACGAACCAACAUCUUCUCUUCAACGUGUACGGUCAAGGGCAAGAUUUGCAGGUUUGUGAUUGAUUCGGGAAGCUCUCGGAACGUUAUAUCUGAAGAGGCAGUCAACAAACUUGGUCUGCGUCGGUCAGAUCACCCAGCUCCGUACAAACUCGUCUGGUUGCAGGAAGGAUCAGUAAUUCGUGUUACUCACCGUGUCCUUGUGUCACUCUCGAUAGGUGCACACUAUAAGGAUAAAAUUUAUUGUGAUGUGGUGCCAAUGGAUGUCAGUCACAUCCUGUUGGGGCGACCUUGGCAGUAUGACAGAGAUGUCUCUCACAGUGGGCGUACUAACGUCUACAGUUUCUUCUUUGAGAACAGAAGGAUAGUGUUACUUCCUAGUCAAGACCCUCCACCGUUACCGUCUCAGCCUCAACAGAGAGCGCUACCACAUCUGCUCGAAGGAACGGGUUCCAGUGAUACAGUGCUCUUUUGCUCCCACGCAGAAUUCUCUAAGGCACUAAAGGAAGAAGAAGUCGCAUUUGCGCUGGUCUCGGUCCCCACUACAACCACACCACAGACUCCGACACCACCAGUCAUCAUGUCGCUACUUACGGAGUUCGCAGAUAUCUUUCCCACAGAUUUGCCGAGGGGAUUACCACCGUUGAGGGAUAUUCAGCAUCUGAUUGACCUUGUCCUGGGGGCAUCACUAUCUAACAGACCCCACUACAGGAUGAGCCUUCAAGAGCACGAAGAACUCCGCAAGCAGGUCGAGGCCCUAGUAGCAAAAGGUCAUAUUCGAGAAAGUCUGAGUCCUUGCGCAGUGCCUGCUCUGCUGAUUCCUAAGAAAGAUGGCACAUGGAGAAUGUGCGUCGAUAGUAGAGCAAUUAACAAGAUUACAGUGCACUACCGAUUCCCUAUUCCACGACUAGAUGAUCUCCUGGAUCAGAUUGGAGCAAGUGUGUUUUCUAAACUUGACUUGAAGAGUGGCUAUCACCAGAUUCGCAUCAGACCUGGAGACGAAUGGAAGACAGCCUUCAAAACUCGUGAAGGUUUAUUUGAAUGGCUAGUGAUGCCUUUUGGCCUUUCUAAUGCGCCUAGCACCUUCAUGAGGAUUAUGAAUCAGGCUCUGCGACCGCUUAUUGGGAAAUUUGUCGUUGUCUACUUUGACGACAUCUUGGUGUUCAGUAAGUCGUUGGAGACACAUAUUGAUCACUUGCGGCAAGUUCUUGCAAUACUGAGACAGGAGAAGUUCUUUGUAGCAAGUCAGAAGUGCGAGUGGGCGGCUGAGCAAUUCCUAUUUUUGGGAUAUGUAGUUUCCAGUAAGGGUCUCUCGAUGGAUACCGGGAAAGUAGAGGCAAUUAGAGCUUGGCCGAUUCCUACAUCUAUCUCGGCAAUACGAAGCUUCCAUGGGCUGGCUUCAUUCUACAGGAGGUUCGUGCACCAUUUUAGCUCGAUCAUGGCACCUCUUACAGAGUGUAUGAAGGGCACUCACUUCGUCUGGACGACAGCAGCAGCCGAGGCCUUCGAGCAGAUCAAAGUGAAAUUGACGACUGCGCCAGUGUUGGUCCUGCCAGACUUCGCGGAGACAUUCGAGUUGCAUUGCGACGCGUCUAAACUGGGCAUUGGUGCCGUAUUAAGCCAGCAAUCUCGUCCUGUCGCCUUUUAUAGCGAAAAGCUUUUGGGUGCCAAGAGUAGAUACUCGACUUACGAUGUAGAGUUCUUCGCCGUCAUUCAAUCCAUUCGCCAUUGGAGGCAUUAUUUGGUGCAUCGCGAUUUUGUCCUUUUUACAGACCAUGAUGCUCUGAAGCAUCUUGAUAACCAAGUCAAGGUGUCAUCUCGCCAUGCCAAUUGGAUAGCAUACUUGCAGCAGUUCACCUUCGCCAUCAAGCACAAGUCCGGCAAGUUGAAUCGUGUGGGGAUGCAUUGAGU